AUUAGACAUCCGUCUAAAUAUCAAAAAAAUCAAAUAAAACUUCAACCAUGCAUAUAAUCUCAUCAGCGUCCAUUCUUAAAUUAGCUUUCCACGCAUUUUUCCAGUAGAAUACUUAAAAAGAAGGGGGAUCCAUCGGGGGGCAAAGGUAUGAGCAACCAGGGUCAAAUCGCUCAAUAUAGUUACCUCUAGUAGGCCGGUCGUGGCACUCUUUGAUUCACUUCGAGCGUCAUCAACAUGCUCAAUCGAGAUGACCAAACAAACAACUGUGGAACGGCGACUUCGUCCGGAGCGUCAACACCCAAAUCCGAAAAUGGUGAAGAUGGACCAACAAUCAACGAUAUUAUCAUCAUCGAUCCGGAAACAGACACGCUGGACUUGAACCAUGGACGUAUCGGCAAACUGCAGAAUUUAGAAGCACUCCGGAACCUGGAACGUUUGUAUCUCAGAUGGAAUCUGAUCAAAAAGAUUGAGAAUUUGUCCACGCUUACUACACUGCUGGAGUUGGAACUUUAUGAUAAUCAAAUUACUGUUAUUGAGAACUUAGAUGCUUUGGUUAAUCUAGAGAUACUAGAUCUUUCAUUCAACAAAAUCAAGCAAAUUCAAGGACUGGAACACUUGGGCAACUUGAAGAAAUUGUUUCUUUCAUCAAACAAAAUCACAAAAAUCGAAAAUCUCAACCAUCUGAGAGGAUUGCAGAUGUUGGAGCUUGGUGACAACAAAAUCAGAGAAAUCGAAAAUAUAAACAAUUUAUCCAGUCUGGAGUAUCUUUACAUGGGCAAGAAUCGAAUUACGACGAUUCAGAACCUCGGCGAGUUGAAAAAGCUGCGCUGCGUGAGUUUACAAAGCAAUCGCAUCACGAAAAUCGAAAACCUCGACCAGUUGACCGAGCUGGAUGAGCUGUAUAUGUCCGAGAAUGGGAUCCAGGUGAUCGAGAACCUCGACAACAACAAGAAGCUGGAGACGCUCGACCUUGCCAAGAAUCAGCUGACGACGAUUGGCAACGUGCUGCACCUGGAACACCUCGAGGAGCUUUGGUUGAACGAUAACGGCAUCAACGACUGGAAGGCGAUCGAGAGGCUAGGCGCGCUGAAAACACUGGCGACUGUCUACCUGGAGCGGAAUCCCGUCGCGAAUGAUCCAGGAUAUCGCCGGAAGUUGAAGUUGAUGAUUCCGUCCCUGCACCAGAUCGACGCCACGAUGUGUCGCUAGGUGUGCGAAGAGAAAAAUAACUUUUAACCGCGUAAUUGAGCGAAGCUGACCAGUAAUAACCAAUAAUUUCAUUUGAAUUCCACAUUUAUGCCUGUAAAAUGUAUUUCUAUUUAAACGGUGGGAUGUGAUCAAUGCACGAGCGAUUUUUGAAUUAAAUGAUUAAAUGAU